AGGUAAAUAAUGAGCCUACCGACAACCUCCUCACCAUUAACUAACGAUCAGGAAUUUGCGAAGCCGGUGAGGAAUGGAAAAAUAUUUGAAAACCCGAAAUCCUUCACCAACUGGGGUGGUCGCCCGGGACUCACUAAUAUCUUCAAACUUGUUUUAAGGGAAACCAGCCAUGAGAAUCUACCGAGCGACAAGAAGGUUCUAGACAGUACACUUCCGGUGCACAACAUCACUGCAGAUGAUUUCCACAGUGAAAGUGGCCUAUUUGCGACAUGGCUUGGACACGCUACGGUACUAGUCGAUUUGGAAGGUGUAAAGUUUGUGACGGACCCAGUUUGGGCUGAUCGAGCGUCGUUUACGAGUUUUGCUGGACCGAAGAGAUACAGGCCACCACCGAUGAAGUUGGAGGAUCUGCCGGAUUUGGAUUUUGCAGUGGUGUCGCAUGAUCACUACGAUCAUUUGGAUGCGGACGCGGUGAAGAGGAUCACAAACCUGAACCCUCAAAUCAAGUGGUUCGUCCCGCUGGGAUUAAAGAAAUGGAUGAAGAACCAAGGCAUCGGAGCCGACGGAUCCAACACCGUGACCGAGCUCAACUGGGGAGAGAGCUCGGAAUUCGUGAAGAACGGGAAGACCAUCACAAUCUGGUGCCUCCCUGCUCAACAUUCGGGACAACGUGGACUUUCCGAUCAUAACCACCGGUUAUGGUCAGGAUGGGCGGUGAUCGGCGAGAAUCGGAGAUUCUACUUUCCCGGAGAUACUGGGUUCUGUGACGUCGAGUUUAAGAAAAUCGGCGAGAAGCUUGGACCCUUCGACCUGGCAGCUAUUCCAAUUGGAGCCUACGAGCCCAGAUGGUUCAUGAAAUCACAUCAUAUCAAUCCAGAUGAAGCAGUGGAAGUUCAUAAGCUCGUCAGGGCUAGGAAUAGCAUUGGAAUUCAUUGGGGCACAUAUCCAAUGGGGACAACAGAGUACUACCUGGAGCCACGUGACAAGCUCAAAGAGCUGAUGGAUGCUCGGGAGGAUCUGAAGGACACGAGUUUUGUCACAGUUGAUAUGGGCGAAAUUUGGGAGGCGUCGGAUCGGUGAAACGUGGAAUUACCAUAAUGUGAAUGUUUAUAUUAAUUAUUUUGAAAUUAUUUGAAUGUUUGAUAAACGUUUUUACGAGCUUAA